AGAAAGAAAGACAGGCGUGAAAGGGUUCCAGAUAAAAUCCCUUUGCUUUGCUUGUUUAUUUUGGGUCAGUCUCUCUCUAGAACUUGCAGAGAUUGUUUGGGUGUGGAGUCUAGAGAGAGAGAGAGAGAGAAAUGGUACAAAGGGUGACCUUCGUCUUCUUGUUUCUUGAAGAUAAUGAAUAGAGUUUCUUACAUCCACUUAUCACAAGAAGAUGAUGAAAGAGGUGAAUGUGUGUUCGCAAAACCCUACAUUUGCUUUCGAAGAUGGUCUUUUCUGCGAUGAACAAGAAAAGGAUUUGGAUUUCGGAUGUGGGUUUGACCACGAAAUUCAAAUCUCGAAACGAAAAGAUCAUCUUUUUACCCAUUUUGAACAUGAUCUUUUAUGGGAAGAAGAUGAGCUUUCUUCCCUUUUGUCUAAAGAGAAAAACAACGUUUCUGGAGAUGGGGAUUUGAUUUGUAAUGAGGUUUUAAUGGGUUUAAGAAAAGAAUCUGUCGAUUGGAUGAUUAGGGUUAGUACUCAUUAUGGAUUUGUUGCUAUGACGACCAUUUUAGCUGUUAAUUACUUCGAUAGGUUUUUAUUGAGCCCUAGUUUUCAAAGGGAGAAGCCAUGGAUGAGUCAGCUAGCUGCUGUAGCUUGCCUUUCUAUAGCUUCAAAAGUUGAAGAAAUCCAAGCCCCUCUUCUCUUGGACUUGCAAGUGGAAGGUUCAAAAUUUAUGUUUGAAUCAAAAACUAUUAUGAAAAUGGAACUUUUGGUGCUUUCUUCUCUUCAAUGGAAGAUGAAUCCAGUAACCCCAUUAUCAUUUUACGAUUAUAUUAUGCGGAGGCUCGGUUUAAUCACUCAUCAUCUUCAUUCAGAGUUCGUUAGAAGGUGUGAAAGAAUUGUUCUAGCUGUCAUCAAUGAUUCCAGGUCUCUGGUUUAUCUUCCAUCUGUAAUGGCCACUGCUACGAUGAUUCUUGUGAUCAAAGAGGUCGAUCCCACCAAUGCAUUAGAUUAUCAAAAUCUGCUAAAGGGUUUUCUUGAAAUUAACGAGGAAGAAGUAGAUGACUGCUCUAAAUUCAUUCUGGAAGUAUCGGAUAAUCAUGGAACUAAGCGAAAGUACCAUUUUGCCCCUGGAAGUCCGAGUGGUGUGAUAGAUUCCUAUUUCAGCAGCGAUAACUCUAGUGAUUCGUGGGCAGUUGCAUCCUCGUCGGUUUCAUCUUCGCCAGAAAAACCCUUGUUCAAGAAGAUCCGGGCUCAGGAGCAGCAGAUGAGAUUGGGUCCAGUUUGUCGUGUGUCAAUCAGAACCCUUAACAACGCUCAUUGAACUUCCGAUGGUAGCAUGGUAAUUGUUUUACAAACCUUGUUUUGCAUAUCUAUUCGCCAAAAAUAUGUUGUUAAGGUGCAAAUUCACUAAUGAAUAAGUAUUUUUCUGGCUAAAACCAUGUAUUCUGAUAGGUUCUUGAUUCUUGUUCUGUAGACUUCUUUUUGCUUAUUGAACCAAGAACUCUGGUUUUAUAGAUCCAAAGCCUUGGAGCUUCAAGAUUCUUGACUUGGAUGGUUGUUAGAUGAUUUUCUGAAUCAGGCAUGUUGUUUUGCAUUC